CAUGCGCGAGGCGCCGGUGCGCUGAGGCUCGAGUUCUGCCUGGAAAGCGAAGCCCUGAAGUUUUUGGUUCUGGGCUGUGGGUCUUGUCUCCAUACAGUACGCUUAUGGGCGAUUUCUCGGCGCCGCUUCUCCCCGGAAGAGGGUAGCCAGGGGCCCGCCGAUGGACCGGGAGACGCGCGCCGCGGCCGAGCGGCACUUCCGAGGCGCGGGAAGCCGGGUCCUGGGCGGCGGGCCGGCGCUGCACUGCGUCGCCUUCAUCCCGGACCCCUGCACUUUCUCUUACGCCGACUUCGUAACCGGCUUCCUGCUGCCCAACCUGCCCUGCGUGUUUUCCAGCGCCUUCACCGAGGCCUGGGGCAGCCGGCGGCGCUGGGUGACGCCCGCGGGCAAGCCUAACUUUGAGUACCUGGAGCGAAAGUACGGGAACGUGGUGGUACCUGUGGCCAACUGUGGGGUGCAGGAAUACAACUCCAACCCCAAGGAGCACAUGCCCUUGCAGGACUACCUUGCCUACUGGCAGGAUUACAUUCAGCUUGGUGGUGCCUCCCCAAAAGGCUGCCUCUACCUCAAGGAUUGGCACCUGUGCAGGGACUCCUCGGCAGAGGACCUGGAGGACGUGUUUACCCUGCCCAUGUACUUCUCCUCCGACUGGCUGAAUGAGUUCUGGGAUGCCCUGGGUGUGGAUGACUACCGCUUUGUUUAUGCGGGGCCGAGGGGGACCUGGUCUCCGUUCCACGUCGACAUCUUCCGCUCCUACAGCUGGUCUGUCAACAUCUGUGGGAGGAAGAAGUGGCUGCUGUUCCCACCAGGACAGGAGGAGGCCCUACGGGACAAGCAUGGUAGCCUGCCCUAUGACGUGACCUGCCCUGAGCUCACAGAUACCCGCCUGUACCCCACUCACCUGCACAGCAGCCCACCGCUGGAGAUCACUCAGGAAGCUGGGGAGAUGCUGUUUGUUCCCAGCGGCUGGCACCACCAAGUACACAACCUGGAUGACACCAUCUCCAUCAACCACAACUGGGUCAACGGCUGCAAUGUGGCCCACAUGUGGCACUUCCUACAGCAAGAGCUCGAUGCUGUGCAUCGGGAGGUCAGCCAGUGGAAAGACUCCAUGCCAGACUGGCACCACCACUGCCAGGUCAUAAUGAGAUCCUGUUCAGGAAUCAACUUUGAAGAAUUUUAUCACUUCCUCAAGGUUAUCGCUGAGAAGAGGCUCCUUGUCCUGGAGCAGGAGGAGCAGGGGACAUUGGGUCACAGCGCCAGCCUGGGACUGGGCCUCCAGCAGGUUGUCUUUGACCUUGGCCGCCUCACAGAGGUGCUGGCAUCUGUGGUCACACACCCUGACUUCCAGUGGGUAGACACUAGUACAUUCUCACCCCAGCCACAGGAAUUGUUGGGUCAGCUGCGGGCUGUGCUGGCGACCACCCAGGCCCUUUAGUGCCUGGGUGUUGCAGUGCUAUUAGGCACCAGGAGAGGGCAGCCUUGCCCAAGGCCUGCUUCAAAGCCUUCCUUGUCCUAUGACUGCAGAUGCUGGCCCCAGAGGCGAGUGACCUCUGUCAGGUCCCUCCAAGCCUCUUUCCUGGGGUCCAAGACCUGUGGGGUAGUCCAGCCAGGUGGGGCCCAGCCACUGACGCACCUGGGGUCCUGAGAUGUCUGUCCCUGUGGCCUGCAGUGAGCUGGCCAAGGGCUCACUCAGGUCGUGGCUGUAUGAUGAGCUGUUCUUCAGAGCCCCCAGUUCCCAUACAGCCUCCCGUUUGAGUGAGCAGUGUCCAGACUGCCUGUCCUGGGGCUCACUGUGCAGCCAGGCCUAUCUCCAGGUCAUAGGCCCACAUGUCACCUGUCCUCUGCCAUGCUCUAGCCUCAGGGACUCCAGGCUCCAGCCAGAGGAGCUGGGCACCUUGUGCAGAUGGGAGCCAGCUUGUCAUGCUGGGCACUGUUCACCCACACCAUCGGGCCCAAUGGGUUGCCUCGGGUAGUGUGGCCAGGCUGUAGGGCCUAUAGUAUCCAGAGGCACCAUGGUCCUGAAAGGCUGCGUCUGUGUGGAGCUGUUCUUGUUCCCCUUGGUGGUGCUCCGGAAGUGCAAGCGAGCUUUCCUAGCCCAUCCACAGUGCCAUGCACCCGCUUGGGUGCCUUAGGUCACCCCAUUCUCAGCAUCAGUCCCUGCACCCACACUCUUGUUCCAGCGGCAGCUGCAGCCAAGGGCAAAGCCAUUAGCUCUGACCCUGUCCCAAGGGUGAGGGUGGUGCACAGGGAGGGCCGGGGUGGGACACAUUCCUCAUGGCCAGCUGUGGGGCUCCUGGGACCCUGUCUUGCAGUGGGAGCUAGAGUCCCUUGGGACCUAGAGUCCCUGCACUGCCAGGGCACUCCUUAGAGCAGGAGGGUGGCAGCCCUACUCACUGGUGGUGAUGUACUGUGGGGCUGUUGUGGAAGCUCAGCAGGGCAGGGAAUUGUUUUGUCCAAUAAAUGAUGCUAAGAGCCCAGGAAA